CUUGUGCGGGGACCCGCUGAAGUCAUUGACGUUAUAUGGGGCAUUGUUGUUCUUACCGCGCCUGGAAUCUACCUGUCUCCUGGGCCUGAGUAAAGCAUUCAUGGAACCAGUUGAUAUUGACAAGGCAUUUGAUAGCAUUGUUUUUGCUGAACAGACUGAACUAGACCAAGGGUACAAGGAGGGCCACGAGGCAGGCUGCACCGAGGCACGUGCCGUGGGCCGGGGCCUUGGCUUCCAGCGGGCAGCGCAGCUGGCGUCCGAGGUCGGCUUCUACGGCGGAUUCGCGCAGCAGGCGCUGGCGCAGCUGGCGGCCGCCGACGGCGCCUCUGACGCGGCGUCGCAGCAGCUGCGGCGCGCGCGCCCCCUGCUGCUGGGUCUGACGCGGCUGAUCGAGCGGCUGCCGCGCCACAACAGCCGCGACAGCGACGUCAGCGCCCUGUUGGACACUGUGCGCGCCAAGUUCCGCCAGGUGUGCGCCGUGCUCAAGGUGAACCCGACGGCCGGCGAGCAGAAGGAGAUCUCGUUUUGAGUGGGCGUCUGCCGGCACCGA